AUGACCAGCAGAAAUUACAUUCAAUGGCAGGCAGACCACACCAUGUUCUACAAGAACUCGGAAAAGGGAAAAUGCUGCAUCCUUAUCAAUUAUGUGGACAAUAUAAUAUUAACAGGAGAUGACUCAAGCGAAAUUGUGAGGUUAAAAGAAUUCCUUGGUACAGAGUUCGAGCUUAAAGACUUGGGGAAUCUUAAAUACUUUCUUGGUAUGGAGGGAGCAAGGUCCGAAACAGGUAUUUCCAUCUCCCAAAGGAAAUAUGUUCUUGAUCUACUGUCAGAAGUUGGUUUGAUGGGCUGCAAACCAGCCGAAACUCCUAUGGAAUUUAACCUUAAAUUGGGAACUAAUGAGGAUGGAGAAGAAAUUGACAGGGGGAGAUAUCAACGACUAGUAGGAAGACUCAUCUACCUCUCUCACACCCGUCCAGACAUAGCCUUCAGUGUAAGUGUUAUCAGUCAGUACAUGCAUGCCCCGAGGGAGAAGCACCUGGAAGUUGUAUAUAGAAUAUUAAGGUAUCUGAAAGGGACUCUUGGCAAAGGCUUGUAUUUUAAGAAAACUUCCAACCAGAAUGUGGAAGUCUACACUGAUGCAGACUAG